AUGGUCGCAGCAACUGCUUCAGGAGAUAAAGUUCUCUCCGAAGACGCGCCCAGCUCGCUGGGCCGUCUGGAGUUAAAGGUCUGCUUUCGAAUCUUAAAAUUUUCGCCAUCGCUGUACAAUCAAGGAAUGUUUGGCCAAAUCUUGAACAUGGCUUCCUUCUCUGAGACAGUGCAUCCUAAUUCCAUUUCCAACACGACAACGAGAGGGCUUUUGACGGCUAUUCUUGAACUUGGUGCUUGGGUCGGCGUUCUCAUCAACGGUAUUCUCGCUGAUCGGCUUGGACGUAAGUUGGCGACUGUUAGCGGUGUCGUCGUCUUCCUCCUCGGCGUUAUCGUUCAAGCCUGUGCUACAGGUCCGUCGUAUAUCUUCGGUGGUCGCUUUGUGACUGGUAUGGGUGUCGGCACCCUGUCUAUGAUUGUGCCUCUGUACAACGCGGAACUGGCCCCUGCGGAACUAAGAGGAUCUCUGGUAUCGCUUCAACAACUGGCGAUAACUUUCGGGAUCAUGGUCUCAUACUGGAUCGGAUACGGAACAAACUACAUUGGCGGCACCGGCGCAGGCCAGUCCAAAGCCGCUUGGCUACUUCCAAUUUGCAUUCAGAUCCUUCCCGCGCUCGGACUUGGUAUUGGUAUUUUGUUCAUGCCUCCCAGUCCCCGAUGGCUCAUGACAGAGGGACGAGAGGAGGAAAGUCUGGCUGUUAUUUCCCAGAUUCGACGUUUGCCUACCGACAAUGAUCUUGUCCAAUUCGAAUACCUGGAGGUGAAGGCACAGCAUCGCUUUGAGAUCGAAACCUCGAAGGCUCGCUUUCCUCAAUACCACGAGCCUGGUUUCAUGAACCAAAUUAAACUGGGAUAUCAUCAAUAUCUCAGUCUUCUGACGAAUAGGUCCCUCUUGAAGAGAGUCGUCGUUGCAGUCUUCAUUAUGGUUUUCCAGCAAUGGACUGGAGUCAACGCAAUCCUCUACUAUGCGGCUUUCAUCUUCAAGGAUCUUGGUCUCACGGGAAACACCACAUCGCUGCUUGCUAGUGGUGUCGGCGGUAUUCUCAUGUUUCUAGCUACCAUCCCUGCUGUUUUGUAUAUUGAUCAGUUUGGGCGCAAGCCUGUACUCAUUGCCGGUGCUGUUGGGAUGGGUAUUUGUCACAUCAUCGUGGCCGGUCUUAUGGGAACAUACGCCAAAGAAUGGGCAGUUGGUAGAUCUGGGGCUGCUGGCUGGGCCGCCGUCGUUUUUGUUUGGCUUUAUGAGGUCAACUUUGGCUACUCCUGGGGCCCCGGGGCUUGGGUCGUUGUUGCGGAGGUCUUCCCACUGGGAGUGCGUGCAAAGGGUAUUUCCAUUGGCGCUUCUUCCAACUGGCUCAAUAACUUCGCUAUCGGCCAAGCCACCCCCGAAAUGAUAGCAGCCAUGGGCUACGGUACCUUCAUCUUCUUCGGCCUGAUCUGCUUCAUCGGCGCACUGUUUGUUUACUUUUUUAUGGACGAAGUCUUCGGUGAUGAGGCUGGAAACGCCAUUGAGGACCGCAACCGUCUGCUCCAAAUCUACACCGAACUGGGUUUGGCUGGCAGCGGUGAGCCUGUUGCCGAGAAAAAGCCUGAGACUACUAGUGAAAAUGUUGAGGUUGAGACAUGA